AUGGCCGCUAUCCCUGAGGGUGAUUACGAAAAAGGAAAGCAGAUCUUCAAGCAGAGAUGCCUCCAAUGCCAUGUUGCUGAUUCUAAGGCUACCAAGACUGGGCCAACUCUUCAUGGAGUUAUCGGACGUACUUCCGGAACUGUUCCUGGAUUCGACUACUCUGCUGCCAACAAGAGCAAGGGUGUCGUCUGGACCAGAGAAACUCUUUUCGAGUACCUCUUGAACCCCAAGAAGUACAUUCCAGGAACUAAGAUGGUGUUCGCUGGAUUAAAGAAGGCUGACGAACGUGCUCAUCUCAUUAAAUAUAUGGAGGUUGAAUCCGCAAAGCCAUGUGCUUAA